AUGCGCACAGGCGACGGCGGGAAGAGGGGCGCGCAGGUAGCGGCCGUUGGUGCUUCGUUGUGAGGGAAUGAGGUCGGGGUGGGGGCCAUAGCGGGUACACCGCGCUGAGGCUGUGCGGGGGUUGGUAGUGACGAGAGAAGGCCCUCUCACGAGGUUCGCUGAGGGAGGGCGGCGGUUGAGCGAGUGUGGGGCUGCUGUGCCAUCCUUCCGGGGCUUCGGUGCUGUAAAUGGGGCUGCUGGAGGGAGCGUUUUUCCUUUACUUUAAGACUUUUUUUUUUUUUUUCCUCUAUGCUCUGCGCUUCCGGACUGAAGGAGGCGUGUUUUUAAUCUGCAGGGGCUCGGUGGGCAGCUUAUGGGCUGCAGGGUCGCAAGUUGGCAGGGAGCAGAGCCUGGGCUGGCAUGUGGAGCCUGCGGCUCUAUGCAGCCAGCAGCUCUAUGCAGCCAGCAGUAGAACCGUUCCUCUGCUCAGCAGUGCCUUCUUUAGUACCUGCCGCUUGUUCCUAUCCUGGAGAAACUUCCUCAGUUGUUUCAGUGCAGGUGAUGCUAGAGUUGCAAAAUCAACUAGCUUGGGGAAGGGGGAAAUUAUGAUAGCCUGCAGACCAGUCCUAACAGAAGGAAGAAAACUGUAGCUGCUCACAAAUGUAUCUCAUCAGAAUGAAACUCCUACCGCUAUUGGUUAGGAAAUCUGAGCCACUGGAAAUGCUCUUUCAGCCACGUUUUUACCAAAAGCAGUUCCCAUAUAUGUGUCUGGCUACCUCCGCUUGUCUUUAUAGCAAGAAGAAAAAAGUGAACGGUUAUGAACAAGUUGACCAAGAAAAAUACGAAAGCUUGGUAUGCUCUGUUACAUCUUACAAAGCCAGCGCUCAAACACCAGAGACAAUAUUUGAAGAAGACAAUUUGUUAUACGGACCACCACUUAAACAUACGCCUUCAAAUAAAGUUGAAACAAAAACUCCUAAGAAUUGGGUUUCUCUGAUAAAUCCCGAAAAGAGAGUUUCGCUUGUAAACAGCGAUUCAAACCGCCCCAUGAAAAUUGCUUUACAAAAAAGCAAAGUACCCAGUGUUACCCGUAUUCUUCAGCAGACUAUCCCUCCGCAGCAGGCCUUUUAUCUAGAAAGGUGGAAGCAAAAAAUGAUACUGGAACUUGGGAAGGAUGGUUUUGCAGAGUACACUAAAAAUCUUUUCCUCCAAGGAGAACUUUUUCACGCAGCUUUAGAAUCUAUAUUUCUCCAUGAAGAGAUGGCAACUAAGGAGCAAGAAGAAGACACUGCUGUUUCUGGCUACUUAUCAAGCGUGCAACAUGUCCUAAAAGAUAUCAGUGAAGUUAAAGCUCUGGAAAGUGCAGUUCAGCAUGAAACUCUUCAGUAUCUGGGCCUGGUAGACUGCGUGGCUAAGUAUCGAGGACGGUUAUGUGUGAUUGAUUGGAAGACUUCAGAGAAACCAAAGCCAUUUCUGCAGAAUACUUUUGACAACCCGCUGCAAGUUGCAGCAUAUAUCGGAGCCAUAAAUCAUGAUGCCAAUUAUGACUUCCAGGUUAGUUGUGGACUCAUUGUGGUUGCCUAUAAGGACGGCUGCCCCGCACAUCCACAUUUCAUGGAUCCAGAUUUGUGCUCACAGUACUGGAAUAAGUGGCUUUUGCGUCUUGAAGAAUACAUGGACAGAAACUGACCCAGACUAAGCUAUGCAGAGGCAAGUGAUCUGAGCACAGAGCCAAAACACAAAUUUUUUGUUUAAGUCUUUAUUUAGUAAUUCUGUUCUUAGUAACUUGACCUAACUUUAUCAUUCUUUUCCCUUAAAAAAAAAAGAAAAAAAACAGAAAAAAAAGAAAAAAAAAAAAAAAAAAAGAAAAAUCAGAGUGGGGAAUGCACAUUUGCCUAAGUUGUAGGAGACUUCAGUGGACCUGGCAGGACAGAGUAGACCUACAUCAUCGCUAUAUCUCUCCCUCCCAAUCUAUACAAUUUGAAGUUGAUAGGAAGGUUUCCACAAUCAGUCAGCUAAAUCAAGUAAAAACGGUUCAAUCAUCCUCAUUUUGUUUUUGAGAAAAAGCUGAGACUCUGAAAAUGAAAAAUAAAUGAAUAUUGUUGACUGGAUUUCAGUCAAGCUAGUUCUUGCCCAUUUCAAAGAUAUCUAUUAACAGGCCUGUUACUAUUUGUGUUUUUUCUUACAGCAACAACUGCAAAACUUGCACUAUGAACUACAACCAAAGCUCACAUAAGUACUUAUUUAAAAUACUACAAAAAAGUUGAUUGUUUAACAGAAGUGGCUUAGGAACAGAGGAGCAGAACUGUAACUGAUACAUUUAGAAACCUCUAGCAGGUGUUUUAAAAGAUAGGAAGUUUUACUACUUCUGGUAGCUCUUCCUGCAGGUUCCAAAAUGGGCUGUGUAAAAGAAAUGUGAAAAUAUAAACGGGCUAUGCACCUUUGGUGGUGGACUUACAAUGGACACUGUACAGGCCAAGUCUGCAACUGUUUUCAGCUCUCAUGACUUUCCUGUGGGUCUGAGCAGACGAGGAGCUUACCCCUGUGGAACUAUUUCUAGUGUCAGGCUUUAGCAUUUUCCAGUGCAAGUGAGUUUCUUUACAAAAGUCACAGACUGUUGUGACUUUGAAGCUGGACAUUCUGAAGCACGGUUGUUUUGGUUUGGUUUUUUUGUUUGUUUGUUUGUUUGAGAUUGCUUUUGGUGUGUUGUUUAAAAUAAUGUGAGGAAUAAAUGUUCUAAAACUGAGGAGUUAACUUGAAGCUUGUUUCAUAAAAUCAGGUUUACAAACAUAGAAUAAGUCAUGAUGUCAGACGAUAACGCUUCGUGUGUUACCUAUCUGGAAAAACCUUUUCCUCAUUCUCUUCAUUAUUAUAUAUAUUUUCUCUGAUUUAUAUGCAUGAGUUUUCAUAGUAUCACUGCAGAUUACAUAUAGAAAUACAACUGACUUACGGGCUUCAAGAAAAUCAGCCAGAACCACACCUACAAAAAAGCAAAAUUAGUGGGCAAGCUUGCUGCAGAAGAAAUGUAAGCCUCUGUAGUGUUUGAUACUCGACUCUUCUAGAGUACUGAACUGUGAAAACUUGCACAAUAAAACUUUGCUAGUUGUGCUGGUACGUGCUUAUUCAAACGA